AUGAUUGAAGGCAACAUUCGUCCGUCUCGGCCGAUUUUAGACGCGCCGUUGGAAUCGAAUGAGGAGGAGAGUGGCCUCUUGGCGGAGCUAUUGAGGCGACAUGAUGAACGAGCUACUUUUGAGGCGCCUCAAGAGUGGCAGACAUGGAGUGAGGAGGAGAGUGGGUUGCUGGCGGAGCUGUUGAGGCGCCAGGGGACAGUUGAAGACCCCAUCGUCAAGGCGGCCGUCAUGCAUCUGCCUCACCCAUUUCUUGAUGUGCCUCAAGUCUCCAACGAAAAAACUGGGCAGCUGUCAAGGCGCCAGGGACAGCUUGAAUACGCCGGCAUGGCUCCUUUCAUAUACCAGCCGCGGUUGCCUGUGAAGCCCCAGGAGCCCACACCGCUUCUGUCCCAUUCAAGUGCUUCCUCUGAAGUCCCUGGAAUGGAAAGGGCCAUGGUGGAGCUCUACCGAGAGCAGCAGCGGCAGCCGCAGCAGCAAGUGGGAGUGGAGAGCUGGAUAUUACAUGCUUAUAAAGCCACCAGAACAGAGAGUAUGGUGGUACCUUGCCUUGGUGAUGUCAAUACCAUUCACAGAGAUGCAGCGACCAGAGGAAAGAGUAUGGUGAUAGCCAACAACACCAUUCAUAAAGACGCAGCAAAGAGAGUAGAGGAUAUGGUGGUAGCAGGCCUUGGUGAUACCACCACCAUUGAUAGAUACGCAUCAGCAUCGGCCUCCCUCGUGCAACAGCAGCAAGUGGCGGUCACAAGCUGGGUGGCACACGCUGAGCUGGCAGGGCUGACUCUGCCACCCAAUCUGAUCCAAGAAUCUGUACAUGCUGCCCACUUUGCGCAGAUGCAGAUGCAGGUGGAGCAAGGUGGGACGGAGAAUUUGACUCCGCAACAGAUAUUUGAGAACCUUCAAGUGCAAACGGAGGUAGAACAACCGAUUCUGGCUUUCCCAGAGCGGCUGGAGGAGGGAGGCUGCUUGGGUGUAACUCAAGAGGAGGGGGGGAUGCUUGAGGUUUUGAUGUUGCAGGAUGGGGGGAUGGAGAUGCAUUGGGGGGGGAUGAUGCAGGAGGGAGGGUUGACGCUGGACGGAGGGAUGAUGCAGGGGUUUGGGAUGAUGCAGGAAGGAGGGAUGAGGCGAAAUACUUCUUUGGAGGUGCAUCAAAAGUGUGCGUUUCAGGAGGCACAAGGGAGCGUCAGCGUGGACCUUUCAUCUACAGGCGGGCACACUGGGCCAGGCAACCCCUGCCUUAGCUCACCGGAGAAUGAAUUGCUUCCAGGCUCCCCAGCAUCACCCCCUGCUGCUGCAGCUGCUGCCGCCUCCUAUCCACACAGUGCUUUUGUCUCUCCCAGCACUCCUGGUGUUUUCUGCACGCCUGCCUCUGCUGGUGCUUGCUGUUCACCUGCUGCCGCUCCGAGUGUUUGUCCUGAGGGGGAAAGAGGGCAGGCCUUCACAUUGCAGGAGCCUCCUGCCACGCGGGCGCCCCUGGUUGGUUCAGAGUUGAUACCCGAGUGGUUGGAAGUGAAGGGAGUGGAGGACGAGAGGGGAGUGAGAGAGGAAAAGAGUGAAGUGAGAGAGGCAAAGCAGAAGGAGGGGUGGGGAGAGGAGGACUGGAGGCCGCGCAUUCGAGCAAGAUUGGGGCUCGGAUGCAUACAGGCGAGGAGCAUGAAAGAGAGACGCCGCCGUGAUCGCAUUAGGAAAGGCCUGGAGCAGCUUCAUCAAGCGCUACCCCCAUCUCUCGCAAGAGCACAACUCGAUACAGCCACAAUGGUCGAGUCUGCGUUCACUCACAUAAAAGACCUGCAGGAGAAGCCAUCGUCGAGACACCAGGAUGUGUAA